AUGAGAAUAUCUACGCCCGGAUUUUGCUGUUUAUUAAUCUUUGGUGCAGCACGUCUCAGUGCGCUUCCCCGUACCGUACGUAUAAUUUGCACCUGGCUCUUGUAGAGCGUGUGGAUAUGCAUUUUGAGCUCCUGUAAAUGCACCAUGCCAUCCAGCCAUUUUGUGUGAAGCUGUGGAUCUUUUGAGCCCACAACCCAGAAUGGCUUCAAUGGAAGAGAGAGGAAGAAAGCCUGUUAUCACCUACGCCGGCGAGCCACAGGUGUUCCGGCUGCUGCAGAACAGCCUGGUGCAUGGCCUGCCACAGGAGGAGGUGGAGUGGCGGCGCAGCUACGGCCGGCCGCCGCGCCACGUCACCCUGGAGGCCACCUUCGAGCCGUGCUCAGAGGCUACGCUCACCGACGACAUGAGCACCCUGGUGCGCCGGCCUUGCCUGCACACAUUCUGGACCGACUGCCCGGAUAACGAGACGUACAAGUCGUCGACCCGGGACUCGCUGCAGUCGUGGUUAGCCAUGCUGCGGCAACACAACGUGGUCGACUGGCUGGUGGUGGUGGUGGAGGCAGCGGACGCGCGCAGCAAGGCCAACAAGCUGCUGCCCCGCUCUUCGGUGCUGGAUAAGGUCAAGGCCGACAUCAACAGCAAGCACGGCGACAGGUGCGUCACGCUCCUGGACCCAUCCAAGACCGAUGCUCGCUCCGCCGGCUCCCUGCACAACCUGCUGACGAAGCUGCGCCACUUCCUGCUGAUCGGCUUCAACCGCGUGCUGGUGCGGUUCGAGGACGCCAUGCGGAGCCAACGUGAGAAACGGACCUCGUCCAACUGGAGCUUCGGCGCCUAUUUCCCGCUGCAGGAGGAGCUGGCGUUCGUAUUCCAGCAGCUGGGUCUCUGCGACGAGGCGCUGGUCCAGUAUGACGAGCUGGACGCGCUCUUCACGCAGUUCAUACUGAACUCCUGCGCCGGAGAGACGCCCCGCUGGCUGGAGGCGUUCUCGCAGCCGGUGACGGAGUGGCACGGCCUGUCCGUCCCGGCCAGCUGCUCGGACGCCGUGCGAGACGCCAUCCGCAACCAGAGCGUCUCCCUCCUGGCCUUCCGGAACUACCUGUACGCGCGCCAGUGCGUGCUGCUGCAGGCGCUGGACCGCACUGCCGAGAUUGCCCAGCGCACGCUCAACUUCCUCUUCAACACCAUCAACGAGCUGCGCCUGAUGCAGCUGGAGAUACAGCCAGGUGGGCUGGCCUGCUGGGCGUUCGGCACCUGCAUGAACGUGCUGGACAUCUGCAGCGAGAUCCCGGCGGACACGGCGGCCCAGGAGGCCGUCGGCGUCUACACCGCCAGCCUGUAUGACCAGGCUCGGCUCAAGCUGUACGGUCUGGGCGAGCUGUGCGGUCUGCUGCCGGGCGAGCGCUCGUCCUCGGCCCAGCUGCACCUGAUGGUCACCCUGUCGGCCGGCAUGGGCGACUCGCCAGCCGCUGACAAGCUCAAGGACGCUCUGUCCAGUCACGACGCCUUCCAGAACUGCUACCUGGAGCUGUCGGAGCUGGCGAUGGGCACGUACAAGCACAUGGGCCGGCUGCGCUCGGCGCGGCUGGUGGGCCGCCAGCUGGCCACGUUCCACCUGCGUCUGGGCCAGGCGGCGCACGCCGCCUCCCUGCUAACGGACGCGCUCAAGACGUACCAGGAGGAGGGCUGGGGUCAGCUGACCGCCCAGCUGCUGCUCCAGCUGGCACAGUGCUACCAGAUCAUGGACGACCACCAGAGGUACACCCAGACGUGCGCCAUGAUCGCAGGGAGGGAGGAUGUCGCCCAGGAGGCGAGGCUGCAGUACGCCAAGCAGCUGGUGGAUAUAGCCUCUACCAAACAAACCCGUGUGGUGACCUCCGGCGAUGACCUGCUGCUGGUGCGGGCGGUGCGGCUGUCGGAGCCCGACCGGGAGCCGUUCCCCGGCGCCCGGGUCGAGGUCGUGCUGGACGUGGAGAGCCGCCUGCCGGUGCCGCUGCGGCUGCAGUCGUGCCACGCCGACGUCCAGCUGGCCGAGCCGCCCGAGCAGCUGAGCAGGAACACCAGCUCGGCCAGCACGUCCAGCUCCGGGUCAUCCCGCCGUGACACCGGCCAGCGGCCCGACUCACCUGCCGCCCUGCUAGGGCCGGCCGACGACCGGCUCCAGCUGGAGGAGAACAUCGAGUACAAACAGGACAAGAGUCUCAGCGCCGCCACGCUCAUCUGCCGCAACAUGCUCCGGGUGCUGAGACGCAAGGACAGCCAGCCGAGCGUAGGCCGCCGCGGCCAGCUGCCGGCCGGCGCGUUCGACGUGAGCCUGGAGCAGCGGGACGUCACCCUCCAGCCGGGCACCAACCGGCUGACGCUGGCCGGGCAGAUGGAGAGCCCGGGCUCGUUCGUGGUGCAGCACCUGCAGUUCCGCUGCACUUCCCUCGACCUGAUGGUGGAGCUGGAUCGCGCGCUCCGGUUCACCGUCAAGUCGUCGCCGCACAAGGUGUCGCUGAACAAGGCCGAGCCCGACCUGCUGGCCGGAACCGUGCAGCAGAUGACCGUGGCCGUGGCGUGCGGCAGCGAGCCCAUGACCCAGGCGAGCCGGCUGCGGCUGCAGUGCUCCCGCGGCCUGACCGUGCGCCGCUCGGACACUACGGCCGACCAGUGGGUGGAGCAGCUGGAGCUGCCGCUGCCGCCGCUGGCCGCCUUCCAGACCGUCACGCUGCCUGUGUCGGUGCUCUCCCAGCUGGCGCACGUCAAGGACGGCGUCAGUCUGCUGCACAAGGUGAACAUCUUCUGUCCCUGGAGUUCGCUACCGGUGGAAGCGGAGCUCUACUUCCUGCUGCCCUUCUCCGUCAAUUUCAGGCUGCACACGGCCCAAGUCAGGAAGUUUGUUCAGGUGAUGAUGCACGGCCUGAACACGACGGCGUUCGAGCUGACGCAGCCGAGCGCUGUCGUCAUCAACGACGCCCCAGUCACGCUCACCUCCCUCAACGCCAACGCGGAGAGCGUGGUGGUGUGCAGUGACCGGAGCGUCUCCUACCUCUGGGAGAUGGGCCUGGACGAGGCCACGCCGCCCGUUCGCGCCCAGUUCUGCGUCGACUACCGCGCCGUGGACGCCGACUCCAAGCAGCGCUUCAAGUUCGACUUCACCGUCGCCGACUACAGGACGCUGUUCAGCGUGACGUGCCGUAUGGAGCCGCUGAAGGGGGCCGAGUUCUGCCGGUCCGGCUCCAUCUGCCAGCUGCACGUGACCGUGACGCAGGAGGACAGCUGCGCCGACCUGCGCGCCGUCAUGUACGAGGUGCUGGCCGACCAGAACAUGUGGGCCGUCUGCGGACGCAGCUCAGGCGUGCUGAACAUGGGCCCGGACACGCGCCACUCGCUGCAGCUGGAGGUGAUGCCGCUGACGGGCGGCUUCCUGCCGCUGCCGACCGUCCGGCUCAGCCGGUACAUACCGGCCAACAAAGAGCCGGCCAACCGCCUGCUGAACGCCGGGUCUGGUCUGCCGAGGCUGGAGCCGUUCGCGGUGGGCCAGGUGUACAGCGCCUCGCGCGGACAGCAGGUGCACGUGCUGGCGGCGACGGCGCCCGGUCCGGCCUCCUCCGCCACGGACAGCUCGCUGACCUAGAACAGCGACGGACGGGCUCCGUCCAGGGCGGCUGCUGUUGGAAUCUGAGCCCCUCGGCAGCCUCAGGUGCUGGUUUGGGAGACCGGCCGGCUGGUUUGGGGGGCCGGCUCCGUCCAGGGCGGCUGCUGUUGGAAUCUGAGCCCCUCGGCAGCCUCAGGUGCUGGUUUGGGAGACCGGCC